GUCAUGCUUCGUCUUUCCUCAGAAAUGUGUCAUUGUCUUCUGAGUGAAAGCUUUCACAGAAUCAUAGUCAGCGACAGAGUGGAGGGGCAGCAGAAGAUUGACUAUGAAGAUGUCUCUGUGCCCAGUAUUUUGGUCCAGUUUCCUGGUUUUGUGGGCAUCACAGGGUGUGGCUGGCUGCAACAGUCAGGAUGUCUGUCAGGAGGAAAAUUAUCCUGACACGCUCUCAGUGACAGCAUCCUCAUUUCCAGAUGAGACUCUCCUCAAGACUGAUAUAAAUGAAACCUUUACUUGCUUCCUUUACCCAACAAAAUUACUCAACUGCUCCUGGUCAUUCCACAAUCUACCGGAGGAUACUCAGCUUUCUGUCUGUAUCAGUAUUUGUGAUGGUGAGAUAGGAGUUGACUCUCUUUCGUCUGUGGAAAGAGUCGGAUCAACGUCUUUGACUCUGCAGCAGCAUGAUUUCCAAUCAGUAACACUCAAAUUUAACAUGUCCUGGCACGAUGGGUGGAAAGUCUACACCUACAUAUAUGAGAAGCCCGAGCUAGAGGUGCUGUCCCCACCUGUAAACGUCUCUGCAACAGUCCAAGAUGGACACCUGUUGGUGACAUGGAAUCCAUCCUGUCAAGCAUCCUCUCAAUGUUCAGAAUAUCAACUGGACCUGGGUGACCAGGAAAUACAUGAACCCUUGAAAGAUCAGACGUCUUUUACAAGGAUGAAUGCAGAUCCCACCCGCACCUACAGAGUGAGAAUGAGGACAAGAAAGAAUAAAACGUGCUUUGGAUCAGAUCAGUGGAGUGAAUGGACUCCCACUAUCACGGUGGAACAGUCAGUUUAUAAACUCAACACUCUAUUGAUCGUCUCGAUCUCCCUGGGAAUACCCAUGAUCCUCCUGGCUGUGAUACUGUUGGUGCGCCAUCAGAGGGUGUCUGAACUUCUGUUUCCUCCGAUUCCUCGCCCCCCGCCAAAGUACAUAUAUUUCCUGGAAAAAAGUGACCCGCUCAGUUUCUUCCAUCCUGCCCUGCCUCCUAAGGCUGAGGAGGAAAUCACAGAGGUGGAGGACACAGAGUACAACCCUGGAAAGACAAUGUGCAAGGGACACAUUUAAAUUUAAUAAAUGAAUGAGGUCUCACCCCAUGCACUACCAGGUGUAUUUAGAUACAAACUUUCCAUUAAGCAACUAGCAUAAAUGUGUUGCAUGCAUGCAUAAGUAUGUGGGUGUGUAUUUGUGUGGAAUUUUUUAGUCUUUAUGUGUCAUGUGUUUUUUUUAUAGCCUUAUACUCUGUAAUGCAAAUGACUUGUUUUUUAUGACAGAUUUUAGUCAUAAAUUCAAAAGCAGACAAGUCUAUUAAUGAGUUUUGAUAAAACACAUUUGCUCUGCCUGAACCAGAAGGUUAACUGGUCCUGAAAUGUGAAUAUAAUGCUUCUACAAAUAUGUGCACAUUUUUUGCAUGUGAAAUAUAGCUGAGUGAUACAUCUGCUCUUUUGAAAUUAA